CAAAACAUAAAACUUGAAGCAGUGAUCAUCAAAAUAGCAACAAUGAUGAGCAAUGGUAGUAAUGGAGUUGAUGAUCACAAGGCAAAUAAAGGUAGUGGCUUAGCAAGUGUCCUAGCAUUGGGCACUGCUAACCCUCCCGAUGUUUUCUAUCAAGACGCCUUCCCAGACUUCUACUUUAGAAUCACCAAUAAUGAGCACAGGGUUGAGCUCAAGGAAAAGUUCAAGCGAAUAUGUGAGAAGUCGAUGAUCAAGAAGAGGCACUUUUUCUUGACGGAGGAGAUACUAAAGCAAAAGCCGAACCUGUGUUCAUACAUGGAAGAGAACUCACUAGAUACUCGCCAAGAGAUAGUGGUGGAAGAGGUGCCAAAGCUUGGAGCAAAGGCGGCCGUCAAAGCUUUGGAGGAAUGGGGACGUCCACUCUCAGAGAUCACUCACCUGAUCUUCUGCAGCUCUAGCGGUGUCGACAUGCCGGGCGCUGACUUCCGGCUCAUCAAGCUCCUCGGCCUUCCAUUGUCCACUAAAAGAGUUAUGCUCUACUGCUUGGGUUGCUACGCCGGCGGUACCGUCAUACGAAUAGCUAAAGAUCUCGCAGAAAACAAUCAGAAUGCCCGUGUGCUUGUCGUGUGCUCGGAGAUGACGGUCAGCAGGUUCCGUGGGACUGACGAUGUGCACAUUGAUAGCCUUAUAGCGAAUGCUAUCUUUGGGGAUGGGUCUGCUGCAAUGGUGGUCGGAGCAAACCCCAUUCCCGGCGUGGAAACUCCCUUUUUUGAAGUGGUGUCCACUGACCAAUUUAUCAUCCCGGAUAGCGAGAAAGCACUUCAUUGUCACCUCAGAGAAGUAGGGAUGACGUUCCAUUUACUCAAUGACGUACCAAUAACCAUCAGCAAAGAUAUGGAGAAGAGUUUGUUAAAGGUGUUCGAACCACUAGGCAUACCCAUCUCGGACUGGAACUCAUUGUUCUGGAUCACCCAUACUGGAGGGCGUGCCAUUCUGGAUAGGAUCCAAGAGAAACUGGGGUUGAAUCCGGAGAAGCUAAAACUCACACGUCACGUGAUGAGUGAGUAUGGGAACAUGGCCAGCUGCUGUGUUUUUUUUGUCAUGGAUGAGAUGAGGAAGCGCUCAAUGGCGGAAGAGCUACCCACUGCCGGAGAGGGACUUGAAUGGGGUGUGCUUCAUGGCUUUGGUCCGGGGUUGACCGUGGAGACUAUUGUCCUCCGUGCACCGCCUCUCAAGGCCAAUGGCCUUGUCUCUGAUGAAAAUCAUUAGCUAGCUGUUGUAGCCUGUGUAGCGGCUUCUGUGCAUAUAUGGUGCACGCAAUGUGGUCUUGUCUUUGUUAAUUAAGGGUUUGUCUUAUGUAUGCAUGUCUCUACUUUGAAUAAAGAUCAUUGACAGUAUUGAGUGGUCA